UUUUCUUUUGUUUUCUGUGCAGUACGAUCGUUAUCGCAUCAUGAAGGUCAUCAUCCUCACCCUGGCCAGUCUCGCCCUAGUCCUGGCCGAACCCCCCGUCCCCAACAGCCAGUACCUCCCCUCCAACACAUACAUCCCUCCCAACGGCCAGUACGGGGCUCCGGCUCAGACCGAGGCCGUGCUGAGACCCAGCAACUCCUACGGCCCUCCGAGCAACUCCUACGGGCCCCCUAGCAACUCCUACGGCCCCCCUAGCAAUGCUUACGGCCCCCCCAAUGGAGGAUAUGCCGGAGGCAGGACUGAGGAAGCAACGGAACCAGCAAGCUACCAGUUCGAAUACCACGUGCAAGACGCCGAAUCUGGCAACGAUUUCGGACACCAGGAGCAAAGAGAAGGAGACGUAGCCCAAGGAAAAUACUUCGUCCUUUUGCCAGACGGUCGCAUCCAAACUGUGGAGUACACAGCUGAUCAAGACGGGUACAAACCGAAAAUCACCUACGAGCAAACUCAGAACGGUGGAAACGGAGGUUAUCCAUCAGGAAGGCCGUCCAACGGAAACGGUGGAUACCAAUAUUAAAGUCACGAUAAGUUAUAAUUCAGGAGUGUUUGAGAAUAGUGCUUGGUAAUUUUCAAUUUCUAAAAUUAUCCUGAUAUCACCUACUUUGAUUCAGUGUUCAAUUUCGUAGAAGUUAUCCCAACUUCACACAUUUCCUUGAUAGUCUCUGCCUUUUCUAAUGUAUUCAUAUCUUCCUCUUCUUUACUUUUUGACUGCAAAUGAUCUCAAAAUGAUAAGAUUCAUUGUUAGUCUAGUGAACGGUACUAUAUCUUUAGCAAAUAAGAGUAGAUUAUGAAUUCUAGCAUAUGGAAAGUUACCAAGCUUAUUUGAUAAUGCUCUCUUUUAGGCCAGAAUAGCUUUAAUGAUUGUAUAGUCACCCUCAUAUACGACUUACUAGUGAAGACAGCUGAAUAUUUUAUCAUGCCAAAUGGUUUAUCACUAUUUAUAUUUCAGCGAUUAGGGAUUUUUCUCCUGCUGAUAUGGUGUACAUGUAUAUUUAUUGAGUACUUGCCAUAAAAU